AUGCGUUACUAUCAUGGCUGUGAUGCGAGACCACGUCGAAAGCCACAACAAAAGAACAGAGAGCACAGGAGUGCUACCCAUACUGCCACCAGAUUUCUUCAUAUCUUCCGAGAGAUGCAAGAACUUCUUAAAAACGAGGAGCUGAUCACUUUAUGCACUGUUGGCUAUGGAGACACUGUCCCGAUCACGUGGCCUGGGAAACUGAUUGCGGCCUUUUGCGCCCUUCUUGGUAUUUCAUUCUUCGCCUUACCAGCGAUGAGCAAGUUGUGGGUGGAGCAGCAUUUCCAGAAACGAGAGUGCAUUCGAUAUGUUGCUACAAAAGAAACAGGCCGAUUAAUUGGAAAUUUCAACUCUUUGCAAACUGCCUUUGCAAUGCAACUAGCCAAUGGCGUUGGCUAUUUGCAAAAAUCAGAAUUUCCCAACUAUAACUAUGGCCGAAUGAAUUUGAGCACCACUACUCAAAAAUGUGGGUGUGGGGGUAUGCUGGCCAACCAUCCUGUCAGUGCAAGCCAAAGCCUAUAUAGGGCACACAGCGUUCACAGUCACACAUCAUCUCAAACAUCAGCUGACGAACAUUGGAGUCCAUCUCGACACACGGCUGCCAGUCCUACAGACGCCUUUGGGACCAUCGAAUUUCAAGGAAGUGCCCACCCUCUAAAGGCACAGUAUGUACGCUUGAGCUUUGACACCAAACCUGAGCUUCUACUUCAACUGUUGACGAGAGAAUGGCAGUUGGAACUUCCGAAAUUGCUCAUCACUGUGCAUGGAGGCAAAGCCAACUUUGAGUUGCAGCCUAAAUUAAAAGCGGUGCUUAGACAAGGACUGGUGAAAGCAGCUAAAACGACAGGUGCUUGGAUAUUUACAGCUGGAACAAAUACAGGUGUCAUGCGUCAUGUGGGGGAAGCCCUUGUAAACGAAAGAACUCCACGUCAAAGAGGAAGAGUGCUUGCAAUAGGCAUUGCCCCGUGGGGAAUCAUCGAUAACAGAUCAGAUCUCAUUGGAAAGAACGUGACCGUACCUUACCACAGCAUAUCAUCACCAAAAAGCCGCUUCGCUGUUUUGAACAACCACCAUUCCUAUUUCGUCCUCGUAGAUAAUGGAACUGUUGGUAAAUAUGGUGCUGAAAUUGCUCUACGGAAGAAACUCGAAAAGUACAUAUCCCAGCAGAAGAUUUACACCAGAAUAUCCUGCGGAGUGCCUGUAGUGUGUGUAGUUGUAGAAGGUGGUCUGAACACUAUUAGAACAGUUUUAGAAUAUGUAACUGACACGCCUCCAGUUCCUGUGGUCAUUUGUGAUGGAAGUGGAAGAGCUGCUGACCUUCUCGCAUUUGCUCAUCGUUAUAUGCAUGAUUAUGACUCUCUUUUGGAAGAUGUGAAAGAACAGCUUCUCACGACAAUCGAAAGAACUUUUCACUUAAGCAGAGAAAAUUCUGAAAGAUUACAUGCUGAACUCAUGCUAUGUGUCAGAAGGAAAGAUUUGAUAACUGUCUUUCGAAUGGGUGAAGGUCCAUGUCAAGAAUUGGAUCAAGCAGUUUUAAUAGCCCUUUUGAAAGGUCACCACAUGCCUGCACCUGAUCAGUUACGGUUGGCGUUAACUUGGAAUCGAGUAGAUAUUGCAAGAAACGAAAUAUUUGUUUACGGUCAGGAAUGGCCAACUCCGACGCUUAGCCAAACCAUCAACCCAAAUGCUAUAAACUCACCGUGUGAAACAUCCUGCUUGAAAGACCUUAGGUUCAACUACCCAUUCAAUGAACUAUUGCUGUGGGCAGUUCUGACCAACAGACAGAAAAUGGCACUUUUCAUGUGGCAAAAUGGCGAAGAGGCAAUUGUUAAGGCUUUAGUAGCUUGUAAGUUGUAUAAAGCUAUGGCUCAAGAGGCUGCUCAAGAUGAUAUGGAAGCUGAUGUUUGUGAAGAAAUGAGAAAUAAUGCACGAGAAUUCGAAAAUUUAGCUCUUGAUUUGUUGGAUUACUGCUACAGAUCUGAUGUUCAUAUCACCCUACAAUUGUUAACCUACGAACUUCAGAACUGGAGCAAGCACACGUGCUUGGGGAUAGCUGUAGCUGCCAAACAUAGUGCGUUCCUCGCACACACAGCCUCGCAGAUGCUUGUGGCUGAUCUCUGGAUGGGUGGUCUCAGAACUCGGAAACACACGAAUCUUAAAGUGAUUCUUGGCUUGCUGUUUCCAAUUACUAUUAUUUAUUUGGAAUUCAGGAGCCGAGAAGAGUUACAAUUGAUGCCACAGACGGAAGAGGAACAUAAUAUGGGUAUGGCCGAACUGGAUGACGAAGUUGAAGGGACUGGGGAAAAAGAAAAAAUGGUUCGUCAAACACCUCGUCCCAUUCGUGAACAAUAUGAUUCUUACGUCAAUAUUCGAUCGGGUAGCAUCUGCCAAUCAAAUGCCCGAAUCAACAAGAUCGAGAAUGGUAAAGUUUUCCCUUUUGAACUCAGUCUCGAUAGUGACAAAGACAGGAAGAAAAACCAGCAAAAGCCUUUGAAAUUAGGAAAGAAGAUUUACGAAUUUUAUGGUGCACCCAUCACGAAGUUUUGGGGACAUACGAUGGCGUAUGCUAUAUUUCUGGUGCUCUUCACUUUUGUUGUUCUUGUCAAAAUGCAACAUCACAUGUCAUGGCAAGAAGCUUAUGUGACGUCAUAUAUCUGCACGUUGGGUCUGGAAAAGAUAAGAGAGGUUGUUGCAUCAGAACCCGUUAAUUUUACCCAAAAGAUGUCUGUGUGGGUGGAAAAGAAGUGGAAUCCGUGUGAUUUAGCUGUUAUCAUUUUCUUCUUCGUUGGAAUGUCUCUGAGGUUGAAUCCAGCCACUAAGGAUUAUGGGAGAGUAAUUUAUUGCCUGGAUAUUAUGUACUGGUAUAUACGAUCCCUGGACUUUCUCAGUGUCAACAAAUAUCUGGGACCUUAUGUUACAAUGAUAGGGAAAAUGGUAAUAGACAUGAUAUACUUCGUGGUUCUCUUGCUUGUCGUAUUGAUGAGUUACGGCGUAGCAAGACAGGGUAUCCUAAAUCCGGAAGAAGAACCAUCUUGGUUACUAGUAAGACACAUAUUCUAUAUGCCGUAUUUUAUGCUUUACGGAGAAGUAUUUGCUGACAGAAUAGAAGCUCAAUGUGGAGAUGGAAAAGGACAAGUACCUUGCAGACCUGGAAUGUGGAUCAAUCCUGCCAUCAUGGCAAUUUAUCUCUUGAUUGCAAACAUUCUAUUAGUCAACUUACUCAUUGCAGUAUUCAACAACAUAUUCUUUGAGGUUAACAAUAUGUCACAGGAAGUAUGGAAAAGCCAACGUUUCAAAGUCGUGAUGGAGUAUGAACAAAAGCCGCUCCUUCCUCCUCCUUUGAUAGUCUUUUCACACAUUCAUCUUCUCAUCAAGUACUUUCUCACAAGGUGCCAAGGAAAAGAAGAUUCUUUUGAUCACGGCCUCAAACUUUUUUUAUCCGAAAGCGACGUUCAGAAUAUAUACGACUUCGAAGAAGAGUGUGUAGAAGGUUAUUUUCGAGAAAAAGAAACCGAACUACACAUGUCAACAGAGGAACAAGUUCGGUUCACAACCGAAAGGGUGGAAAUGAUGUCGCAAAGAGUUGAAGAUAUCAAUCACCGUGAAAAAGAAUCCAGUGCUUGCAUCAAAACUCUAGAAUUUCGGCUUACGAAGCUUGAAGAUUUAGCUGAACAAACUGCAGCGUCUUUAGCCGUCAUCCAUCGAUACAUCGUGACUUCCAUGGCAGAACCCAACUUCUCCAAAACUCCAUCGUAUUCUCAAAGAACAAUGUCUUCAAUCUGUGAUGAAUCAGAGCCGUCAGAUGAUGAAAAGGACGAACACGCUCAGAGCUUUACACGUCUUAGGAGCACAGAAGCUCCUAAAAUUGUGGAGCCCACAAAUGAAGCAUUGGUACUGGAAGAUCCAUCAUUGCCUCAACCUGUGAAGAGUCCAUCUUCGAGCAGAGUGCAGUUUAACGACACACGUGAACCUGUCACAUCUCAGAACUCUCUCACUCCUCAGUAUUCAGUAGAAUCACAAUCUGUCUUCAUCGGUGGUCGUCAUCAGCGUCGACUGUCGAGGACCGCCAUCGACAGACUGGGAUUGUUCCGACAAUCGACGGUUCCCACCCACGACACAUUCAAUGUGCUGUCGGUGGAAUCGGAUGUUGCAGCUUCCGAACCUGCCCUCGCUAGAGGCAACAGCGUAUCCCAGAUGGAAGACACAGUCGGUGGCCUCAUACCAACAAAGCAGCUCGUGGAACGUAGUGCAUCUGUCGCCGUGGGCGGAGGCAUGACGCGUAAGCCCACUCUCAACAACAGUGAGUGCAGUCUGUACCCUGGAGGCUUAAGACCUCACCUAGGCAUGACACGUGGUGAGUAUACCAGCAUCACAGAUGACAUUGAGAGCUUUUCGAUGACCAGAUAUAGUCGCCCGAGGGCAACUUCACCGCUGACCCACACAUUCGCACCUUCUUUUUCGCGACAGAGCAGCGCCGAGUACCAAACUCUACUCUCCGUGGAGUCGGAGAUUCUCCAUGGAGCCGAAGAGGCUGAUUAUCACAUGAUGGAGGGUCUCAUAAAGAGGAGACUUCACAGAGACUCUGAGAACUUGACUGUUAGUUUGGAAGAGCUCUGUAGCAAUAAAGGAGAAUCUGAUUCGGAAUUGGAGGACAGUGAGAGAAGGGGGUUUUGUUGUAUGGGAGGUAUAAGCCCAUCCCCCUCUGCACCAAAUGUCACCGUAGAUCCCGCUACAGACUCUUCGCCUGAUGAACCCAUGCCUAAAUCCCAGUCGGCUCAUUCCAUACAGACCCUGAAGUCACUUAUUAAAGGAACUGAAACUAUGUGUUAAUUUUAUCAUUCUUGAACAAAGAUUACAACUGAUCGGUAUUUCUAUAAAACUAAAAAAAAUUAUCAAGCAUUUUAAUAAAAAAAGUAAUUUAAGAAUACAUUAAUGCUUCGCUUGCUUUAUCAAUUAAAUCCAAGAAAUUUUUUUUUUGGUAUUAGUCAGAAAGAACUUGGUUGACUUAUAACCCUACAUACUCAACACAAAUGUGAACAACACUAAUUAACUGAGAUUUUUCAACCGUUGAAUCAUAAGUAAUUUACUCCGGAAAUAUUUAUUUAUUCAAAUUAUUAAUUGUAUUAUUUUCAUGGAAAUAAUCGUCUCUUCAUUUGAGGUAUUCAAAUGAAAAACUGUGAUUCUACGAUGAAGGUAGGUCUUUUUAAUGAAAAAUAAAACUUGACUCAUGUUUGUUUUCUGAAACAAUUAAAAAUGGUAUCAAAAACAAAUCAACAAAAAACUAAACUAGCUAGACCUAGUAUAUAUUAGUAUUACCGGGUGUAAUAAAUCUUUUUUUUUCAAUUGGUCAUUAAUUUUAACUGUUUUCUUAACUGCCAAUGUAACUUGUUGUUCAAUUAAAAGAAUGCCAAAGCUAUGCACAUAGUUUUAUAUCCUACAAAAAAUAAUAACUCUUUUUUUAUUGCAAAAUUCCGCGAAUGUGUUUCAUAUAAACUUGCUUUUAAAUUACUUAAUAACAAUACUGUAAGGACAAAAAGUGGACACGCGUGAUAGCAUCAGAAUUACAGUAGCGAUGGUUGCACCAUAAUUAUGAGCAUCCUAGAUAGCAUAUAACUGAUUAACCAGUAAUCUUGAAAGCAUUUAAAGUAAAUGUAAAAUCGUUCUAAGAUAGAUGCAAACUAAUGAGAACUAUGCGCAAUGGUAUGAUUUUUAAUGACAGAAAGUGAGUAGAUGCCGUUUAUGUUUGCCGUUUAUGAUGUCUUGAAGAAACGGCUGCAGGAGUUCACUGUCUAAAAGAAACGGCUAUGAUCAAAUUAUAUGAAAGUUUUCGUUGGCGGCUUAGAUUUAUAUUGUAAUUGCCCCAUAUAUAAGACCAUGUUUAGCAAGCGCCAUAAUCUCUAACGAAUUGUUAAUUGCUGAUGAUGAUAUAGUUCAGUGUUUCCCAAAGUGUAGUACGCGUACUCCCAGGGGUACGAGGAAAGUUUAACGGGGGUACCCGUUCUUAUGCGAAAUAUCUUUCAACAAACGAAAAUUUCAA